AUGUUAAGGAUUGCUUUAGGAUGUAGUUCUAAGAGUUAUCAUAAUAUUAAGAACUAUGGUAACUCAGCUAUUGUCUAUGGACUAAGGAGAUAUUGCAAUUCAACAACGACAACAACAUCAACAACAAUCAAAGAAAUUCAUCAUGGUGUAGUUAAGAAACAAUAUACUCAAAUAAAUAAUAAUAAUAAUGAUAGAUUGAUAUCGAUUCAAAACAACGAUGUAAACAAUACAACAAAGAGUACUGGUGAUGUAGUUAGUGUUAAUAAUGGUGUUGGUGUUGGCGUUGGUUCGCUAAGUGAAAAGUUGUAUGAAACAUUCAAAACAUUGUUUCUUCCUAGUGGUUAUCCAGAGUCGGUAUCACAAGAUUAUGCAUCAUAUCAACGUUGGAUCUUUGUUCAGAAUACACUGGGAUCGGUCACCUAUAUGCUCUCGACACAUGCACUCCUAACCUCUGUUGGUGUAGGUCUCUCCGCAUCAUUACCAUUCUCAGCUGCGAUAUCGUGGGUACUCAAAGAUGGUUUAGGUGCAUCAGCACUAGUCUUAUUCGCCAGUAAAUACAGUACCUCUCUAGACUUUGAUCUAAAACGAUUCAAAUUUAGAGGUGAUUUUCUACAUAACUUUGGUGUAUUCCUUGAAACAUGUACACCUUUUCUACCUGGUUACUUCUUGUUGAUGGCUUCUAUAUCGAAUUUGGCAAAGGGUAUUGCAGGACUUAUUUAUGGAUCUACUAGAGCAUCGUUGCACAAAUCGUUUGCAUUGAAAGAGAAUAUCGGUGAUAUCACUGCCAAGUAUCAGUCACAGGCAAUGUCAUCCUAUUUGACGGAUCAAGUAAAUAGAAAUGAAGAUUUUAUGUUACCAACAAAGAUGGUCGAUAAAUUAGAUAUUGCAUUUGGUGUUACAGUUGAGGAUGCUUUCGAUAUUAAAGAUGAAUCGGACAUAGUUUCAUAUAUUAAGAAUAAUAGUAUAUCGACGAGUUCAAAUAGUAGUGACGACAAGUAUAAAUAUCUUUUGAAAGUAAAGAAUACCAACGGUGGUGGUAGAAAGUAUCAGGUUGUAUUGAUUGAGAAUCAAAAUGACAAGGAGCACCUCAACGAUAACCUUAAUCUAAUAUUAUUGAAAUCUUACUUUCACUCUUUGUUGAUCGAUCAACAAUCGUUGAAUGUAAUCGAUAAUAACCAAAUAGAUCAACAAUUCAAUCGAUUCUACGAAAGUUUACAAAAACAAAAUCAAUGGAAUACAAAUUAUCUAUUGUAUGAAACAAAUGAUAUUAAAUUAAUAAUUUAA